UGGGUCGUGUGCGUACGGAGGGAGGCAACGUAAGGGCGCUCGGCGAGCCGUCUCUCCUCGAAUGAAAGGAAACAACCCCCGGCGGCAGAGCCCCGCUCUUCGGCAGUGCGGGAGAACCGACGCCCGCCUUCCUAGUCUCCCCUCGUGGGCGCUGCCCUCCCGUCGCCUGUCCGUUUUCCCUACUGCAUUUCUUGAGGCUUAAAGUGGCAUUCUAUAAGCAAUUGAAAAAUCAUGUCAAGCUCAAUUGAACAGAAAAAAGGGUCCACAAGACAGCGCAAAUGUGGCUUUUGUAAGUCAAAUAGAGACAAGGAAUGUGGACAGUUACUAGUAUCUGAAAACCAGAAGGUGGCAGCACACCAUAAGUGCAUGCUUUUUUCUUCUGCUUUGGUGUCAUCACAUUCCGAUAAUGAGAGUCUUGGUGGAUUUUCUAUUGAAGAUGUCCAAAAGGAAAUUAAAAGAGGCACAAAGCUGAUGUGCUCUUUGUGCCAUUGUCCUGGAGCAACGAUUGGCUGUGAUGUGAAAACCUGCCAUAGGACAUACCACUACCACUGUGCACUGCAUGAUAAGGCUCAGAUCCGGGAGAAACCUUCCCAGGGAAUUUACAUGGUUUAUUGUCGAAAACACAAGAAAACUGCACAUAACUCUGAAGCUGAUUUAGAAGAAAGUUUUAAUGAGCAUGAACUGGAGCCCUCCUCUCCAAAGACUAAGAAGAAAAGUCGCAAAGGAAGACCAAGGAAAACCAAUCUGAAAGGGCUGGCAGAAGACACCAGAUCCACAUCCUCCCAUGGAACAGAUGAGAUGGAAAGCAGUUCCUAUCGGGAUAGGUCUCCACACAGGAGCAGUCCUAAUGACACCAGGCCUAAAUGUGGAUUUUGCCAUGUAGGGGAGGAAGAAAACGAAGCAAGAGGGAAGCUGCAUAUAUUUAACGCCAAGAAAGCAGCUGCGCAUUACAAGUGUAUGCUCUUUUCCUCUGGCACUGUCCAACUCACAACAACAUCAAGAGCAGAAUUUGGAGAUUUUGAUAUUAAAACUGUACUUCAAGAGAUUAAGCGAGGAAAAAGGAUGAAAUGUACACUUUGCAGUCAGCCUGGUGCUACUAUUGGAUGUGAAAUUAAAGCCUGUGUUAAAACCUACCAUUACCACUGUGGAGUACAAGAUAAAGCAAAAUACAUUGAAAAUAUGUCACGAGGAAUUUACAAAUUAUAUUGUAAAAACCAUAGUGGAAAUGAUGAGCGAGACGAAGAAGAUGAGGAACGAGAGAGUAAAAGCCGGGGGAGAGUGGCGAUUGAUCAGCAGCUAAGCCAGCAGCAGCUUAAUGGAAACUAGGUAUGGAAGUUGAUUUGGUGAGCUCUGUUGUCAGAAAACCAUGCGUCCUGAGACAGAAUGAUGAUGUGCGGCAAGAGUUGUAAUCCUAUUGUAUCAAGUAAUGAGUGUGGUGCCGGAAUGCUGAGGACUGUAUAGCCCUGCACAGUUGUAUUUGUUUUUCUUUAGCUGGUCAGUUUUAGAGCCAUAAAAACAAGCUAUCUACUUCAUCAGUAAAUAUAGUUAGAAUGUGGAAUCAAUAAGAUAGCCUUGCUCCUCAGUAAUGUUAAGUUGAUUAUAUCACCUUUAAGCAUCAUAUUUUACAUUUUCUAUCAUCUUUUAAACAGGUUCGUGGGACAGAAAGAGUAGAAAACUGAGAAUAAGACAUCUAUAACUCCUAUGCUUUUUCCCCCCAACUCUUUUCUAAAAUAAAAAAGGGCUUGUAACUUUUUUACUGCCCAACUCUUAGAUCCUUCAUGGAACUGCUUAAAAACACCCUAGUUGUUUUCUGAGCCUUCACUAGAUGGCCGAAUUUGACAUAUUGAUAUUACGUAGCUGUAGUGUGCAGUUUCUGGGAAGCAAUCGAAACACUAUAAACCCUGUGUAUACUGUCAGCAGUUAAAGCAGACAUUGAAUGAAGUAAACUGUAUUGCUGGACUGAACAAAGUUCUACUAUUUAGAGUGUUUUAAGUUUGUGUAGUAGAUCCAUGCUCAAAGAAACCGGAAGCAAGUUAUACUUCACCAUGUAAGCACACCUCUGGUAGCAACACCUGGUGAUUUCUGGGCUUUGUUUUCAUACUCAAGCAAUGGAAA